ACAGAAUGCGCGUUGUGUUUAAUACUCUUUGUAGACGGUGCACCGUGUAUUUCCUUAAAUUACAAACGAUAUGUUUGAUAAUAAUUUUGAAAAAAAAUUCUUUCCAAUGUAGUAUAAAAAUAAUAAAAAAGUGGAAGUUUCAACGUUACGAUAAAAAUGAAAAGGGUAUUAUUGAGUGGCACAAUAGUCACAACUUGUGGACCGACCAGUUGAUGAGACACACCGGGGCAGUGCGGUGUUGGUGGUGGUUCGCUCUGGUCCUUACUCUGACCACCACUUCCACGCAUGGCUGGACACCCCGAAACGGCUCACGUAUACAGAUCAACAGCCGGCCAGUGGACUUGUCACAGACGGCAUUUGGUCAUGGCCGGGGCCAGAGCUCCAUCAAGUUGGGAGUGCUCAAGAAUCGGCUCAAGGAACCGGUGCAAUUGUCCACCACGCCGGUGGCGACCACCACCAGCACGGAGCGAUUCCGCAGGCAGCAGCCCACUGUGCCGAGGAUCAUGGCCCGCCGGCAGCACCAGAACCUGACUGUCGGCCUGGUGCUGCCUUACAAGUCGUUCGACACGCGAAUCUACACCAAGGCGUUCACGUCGGCCAUAAGUGGGUUGCAACGUAACUUCAAGACAAGGAAGACAAACAUAUUCAAGAACUACGAUAUCCAUCACACCAUCGACAUGAAACAGCUCACGCCCACGCCUACAGCUAUAUUGGAUUCUCUAUGCAAAGAAUUUCUCAAUAUGAACGUGUCUGCGAUUUUGUACCUGAUGAACUACGAAAAAUAUGGUCGAAGUACAGCAUCAGCGCAGUAUUUUCUGCAGCUAGCCGGAUACUUGGGAAUACCAGUAAUAGCAUGGAAUGCCGACAACUCGGGACUUGAACGGAGAGCUUCGAGGUCCAGUCUGCAACUUCAAUUGGCACCGUCGUUAGAACAUCAGACAGCUGCUAUGUUGAGUAUAUUGGAAAGGUAUAAGUGGCAUCAGUUUUCGGUUGUAACAUCACAGAUAGCCGGACAUGACGAUUUCAUUCAAGCAGUCAGGGAACGAGUUGCAGAUAUGCAAGACAGAUUUAAAUUUACAAUACUGAGUUCAGUGUUGGUCACCAAAAAUUCAGACUUACAACAGUUGGUGGCUUCAGAAUCACGAGUAAUGUUACUGUACUGCACGAGGGAAGAAGCACUUAGAAUAUUACAGGCAGCAAGAGGUUUCAAAAUCACAGGUGAAAAUUACGUAUGGGUAGUAACUCAAAGUGUCAUGGAGAAUUUACAAGCACCACAAUUGUUCCCCGUCGGAAUGUUGGGAGUGCACUUUGAUACCAGCAGUGAUAGUUUGGUAAAAGAAAUCACUACAGCCAUAAGAGUAUUUGCACAUGGUGUAGAAGAUUUUGUCAACGACCCCGAAAAUAUAAACGAAACUCUUACAACACAAUUAUCUUGUGAGGGUGAAGGUGAAUCACGUUGGGUCACCGGUGAAAAAUUUUACAAGUAUUUAAGAAAUGUUAGUGUCGAACAUACAGAACCAGCCAAACCGAAAGUCGAGUUCACUGCUGAUGGUGUUCUAAAAUCCGCAGAAUUGAAAAUCAUGAAUUUAAGACCUGGAGUAGGAAAUUCACUUGUUUGGGAAGAGAUUGGAGUUUGGAAAUCUUGGGAACGUGAAGGCCUUUAUAUCAAAGAUAUCGUGUGGCCAGGAGAUAGUCACACUCCACCUCAAGGAGUGCCAGAAAAGUUUAAUUUAAGAAUUACAUUUUUAGAAGAAGCUCCUUACAUUACACUUGCACCACCAGAUCCAAUAACUGGAAAAUGUAGCAUGAACAGGGGUGUUUUAUGCCGGAUCGCUCGAGGAAAGGAUACGCAGGGGUUGGACGUCAUUGAAGCCAAACGUAACAGUAGUUAUUACCAGUGCUGUUCAGGAUUUUGUAUCGAUUUGUUAGAAAAAUUUGCUGAAGAUUUGGGAUUUACAUACGAACUUGUUAGAGUGGAAGACGGUAAAUGGGGAACACUCGAAAAUGGAAAAUGGAAUGGUUUAAUAUCAGAACUAGUGAAUAGAAAAACUGACAUGGUCAUGACGUCAUUAAUGAUAAAUUCAGAUCGAGAAUCAGUAGUCGAUUUCAGUCUUCCGUUUAUGGAGACGGGCAUAUCUAUAGCUGUCACCAAGCGAACUGGUAUCAUUUCACCUACAGCAUUUUUGGAACCGUUUGACACUGCGUCGUGGAUGUUGGUAGGAGUGGUAGCAAUACAAGCUGCCACAUUUUCAAUAUUUGCUUUUGAGUGGAUGAGUCCAUCUGGAUUUGAUAUGAAAUCCGUUUCACAAGCUCCAAAUCACAGAUUUUCUCUAUUCAGAACAUACUGGCUUAUAUGGGCAGUUCUAUUUCAAGCGGCAGUACAAGUGGAUAUACCAAAGGGUAUCACGUCCAGGUUUAUGACAAAUAUAUGGGCUAUGUUUGCUGUGGUGUUUUUGGCUAUAUAUACUGCUAAUUUAGCUGCGUUCAUGAUAACUCGGGAAGAAUAUUAUGAUUUUAUGGGAAUCGAUGAUUAUAGGCUCAGUAAACCGCAUAGCCACAAGCCUAUGUUUAAAUUUGGUACAGUUCCACAUUCUCAUAUUGAUUCAACUAUUCACAAAUAUUUUCCAGAGAUGUUUAGUUACAUGAAAAGUUUUAAUAGAUCUACAGUACAAGAAGGACUUAGCUCAUUAUUAACUGCAGAACUUGAUGCUUUUAUUUAUGAUGGCACAGUACUUGACUAUUUGGUAACACAAGAUGAUGAUUGCCGUUUAUUGACCGUUGGUUCAUGGUAUGCAAAAACUGGUUACGCCAUAGCAUUCCAAAGAAACUCAAAAUAUGUUCAAAUGUUUAAUAAGCGACUAUUAGAUUUCCGUGAAAAUGGUGAUCUUGAAAGAUUACAAAGAUUUUGGAUGACCGGUACAUGUAAACCAGAUGAUCAUGAUCAAAAUGCUACUAGUGACCCUCUAGCCUUAGAACAGUUCUUGUCAGCAUUUUUAUUGUUGAUGGGUGGUACAUUGUUGGCAGCUCUAAUAUUACUAUUGGAAUGUUUAUAUUUCAAUUUCUUCAGAAAAAAGUUAGCAAAAACUGAUCAAGGUGGAUGUUGUGCUCUAAUAAGUUUGAGCAUGGGAAAAUCGUUAACGUUUCGUGGUGCUGUAUUUGAAGCUCAAGACUUUCUUAAGUUCCGUCGUUGCAAGGAUGCUGUAUGUGACUCACAAUACCAGUUGCUCAGAAAUCAGCUGAUGAGCACUUAUUCUAAAAUGAAACAGUUGGAAAAGGAGCUAGAGUUAAGGAAACUCAAGUCUGAAAAAAGGAGGAAGAAAGCGAUGUCACCUUCCGCUAGGCUAUUUCAGUGUAUCGCUGAAAACCACGAUAAAUACCCGGAUAAAAAACAAUAUCAAUUUUCACCAGCAUCGCCACUAAGACAACGUGACUUAGUGAGACCCAGUAUUAUUUCAACAGAAUACACAAAUAGAUAUGAUCAUGAACCAGUCAGAAAUCGCCGAAAUGGAGACAGUUCUGUGAUUUUGUUCGACGUGUAAUUUCAUCCACAAAAUAUCUGAUUUCAUUAAUAGAUUUAGAAUCAAUAUUGUGAAAUAAAAAUAAGUUAUAUUUAAGUAUAUAAUGUAAGUAUUAAUAAUAUUAUUAUUAUUUUGCGUCGCUGUCAAAAGCGUACGGAGAGAAAUAGAUACUGAAACUUUACAUGGAAAAAAAGCUCAAUAUCAAAGAAAAUAAAUAGAAAUAAUAAUAUUUUUUAACCGUUUUUAAAAGACAAUAAUAUAAUACAAUAUAAUGUAAUAGUCAUUCAACUUUUAAUGUUAUUCUCAACAUUCAAUUGACAUUCGUUCCUGCUCUUAUGUUUAUUUAUUGAAAUGAAAAAUUCAUCUUUUACGUGUAUUAGAAACUAUACCCUUUACACAUAACAUACAUACAUUUAAUAAGUUAAGUACAUACUUCAUUAUAAUUCAACCGCAAACUCAUCACAAUAAUAUAUUGGAUCGCUCAACAUCAUUUAUAUAAUGUUAUUUAUUGAUUACCUAUAAUGAAAUCGUGUAAUAUUGUAUAUUGCUUUAAACUUAUUGUUCUAUUUCUCUAUUGAAUACUGUGUAAAUAUAACUCACAUAAUACACAUUAAACCUACUAUUAUCUAUACAAGUUUAAAAUAUAAUCUUUCAAACUAGUUAUUUCAUUAGAUAAAUACAACGACAUGAAAAAAAUUAGUUAUUUAUAAUAAUAAAACAUUAUUAUAUAAAUACAUGUCAAAGUAUAUUUAUUUUAUACUACCCAUGUUAUUUAAAUUAUUUAAAUUAAAAUAUAAAUUAAUAAAAACUAUAAACAUGUUUUAUAGUUAGAUGUAAAUGAAAAACAAUACAAGUACCUACCUACAUUGGUAUUAUUAAUAUAUAUAUAUAUAUAUAUUAUAUAUUUAAUUGAAUGCCUACUUAAGGUAGUAGAUUUGUUGUUUUUAAUGCUUUCGAACUAAAAAGAGGUCGUUGUUUGUUGUGUGUUCAAAACAUUUAACAUACUAAAAUAUAUUAUAUAUUCCAAUAAAAAUAAUUAUAUCAAUAAAGUUUUCAAUAAACAUUAAAGCUCCGUUUUAUCAAAAUUGGGAUAAAUUAUAUUUCAUGAUAAUAUAUCAUAAUAAUUAUAAUAAUAGUUUUUAACCUUUUAGCUGUCAAAAUGUUAAUUUAAUUAAUAACUAUAAGAUUAUUAAUGUAUAAAUGAUAAGUACAAGUUAUUAAUAAAUAAAAUAUUUCAAUUUAUAAAAAUAUCAAAAAAAGAUCAUUGCAACAAAAAAAAUAUGAUAAUAUUGUUAAGUUAAUAAUAUUUGUUUAUGAUACAAAUUGAUAUGAUCUAGUAUAUAUUGUAUGGAAUACACUUUUUUGAAACAUUAUACUAAAUAAUAUAAUAACCAAUACUUAGCUAAAUUCGUGUUGACAAAAGUAAACGUCCAUUUUUUUUUUCAUUAUUAACUUAGUCACUUAGCUUAAGGCAAAUUUCAGUUUAUUGUUUAUAAACAAAUAUUGCUAUCUGCUGGUGCUUUUAAAUAAUACCAAUUUUUAUACGAGUAUAUGAUAAUACAAUAGUAUAGCAAUAUUAAAUAUGAAAUAAAUAUUGUUUUUUUUACACUAAAAAUAAUUAAUAAAAAAAACAUAUUAUACAUUUACAUACCUAAUAUUAUAUUAUAAUAUACAUACAAUUUACAUAUGUAGUAAAAUUGUUAAUUAUAAUGUGCAACUUGAAAAUUCAUAGAUAGUUCUACACAAAAAUGUCUUUAUUGUUACGGAUAUAAUAUAUUAUGAAAUAAAAUAUCAUUACUGUUUUAAUGUGAAGUACAUUUUGUAUUUCGAUUAAGUUUACAAUAUUAGUAAUAUUUUAAAAUUUAAAUAUUUAUAAUUAUUGUUCAGUUUAAAUUAUUUAUAGGUGUAUACCUAAUAAUAGCAUUAGGCUAUUAAGAACGUGAUUUGUAUAAAUAUGCUAAUUUGUUGUGUUAUUGUUUUGUUGUUUUAUAUUAAAUGUAUAAUCUAUAAAUAUAUUCACUGUAAUUUAUACAGUGCACAAAAAAAGUUAUUAGAGAUAAAUUAUUUAUUAAGCCUACAGAUUGUUACAAAGCAUAUUAAUUUCAACGAAUUCAUUUAUUUAUUUUAAAGAAAAUUGAUCAAUAAAAUAAAAUAUAUUUCUUAAUUAAUUAAAUGCCAACCAUAAG